AUGAUUGCUCGUGUGGUGUCAGUAACCCGGAAACUUUCAUCUCAUUUCAAAGGCCCAAGGUUAAAGACCAGUUCUCACGUUUCUCUCCCGACGUUUAGAAGAAGUUUGUCCAACUUCCUUGAGCCACUACCACAAGAGGAGCUGGUGACGAAAUUCAAGUCCAGGCUAAAAGGAAGGCAGUUCCUUCCAGGCUCCUCGGGUUCGGACUUCCCAGAAUUCCUUAGAGAGCCAACAGAUUCAUUCCCGCUCGGCGUUGCAGUCCAAAAUCCAAACGGCUCUUCACUCUCUGAUCUUACUGCAAAAUGCAUGGAAUUUGCGGAAGAAACUUUCUCUCGUAGCCCUGCUAUAUUAUUCCGAGGUCUUCCUGCUAAGUCUGCAGAAGACUUUUCUGUUAUCGCUGGGGCGAUCCCGUACAAGACCGCGGCGUAUGGAGGCAUUGGACAUCGUUCUCAAGUAGACAAAGCUGCAGGAACAUAUACUGCUAGUGAGAGGCCACCAAAUUAUACAAUAGAGUUGCACAACGAAUUAGCCUAUAGUGAAAACUUUCCAUCCAAGGUAUUAAUUUUGAGCUCAUUCCAGUGGUAAGCUUUAGAAAGAAAUUGGUAAUUAAAGUUUUAAAUCUUGUUCAAGCGCAAAGGACAGAGAAAAGCAGUUUGGCGCGCUGCGCGAUGAUUAAAAAAACUCCAUUUUUCUUCCCUUGUUUGCUGAGCCUGGCUUGCAGAUGUGAACAAGGAUCUAGGGUUGCAUAACACCAACUAGCAUGUAUUGUCCCCGUUUUUCAAGUUGACAAACUCGCAUUUGACAUUUAAACCCUGCGAAAACAAACAUUUUUGCUUCUUUUUUUAACUGUUAAUUGAUACAAUUCAGACGAUUUGGCGUUCCCUGCAACUGAAUGGGAUUUGAUAGGGUUAUGGUUCAGAUUCCUUUUUUUCCCGGGUUUACCCUCUCCGCAAUAAAACAGCACAUUGAAAACGCGCGAUUUUAACUUAAUUUUUCAAAGUGAUAACGAAGACUUGGUAUUUAACAGUAGACCGUUAAAUUAGAAAGGCAAUGUCAAAGAGACCAUGUGGUAACUCGGGGCUAAGUGCGCAUGCACAUAUAAUGCCUCUGUUUUAGAGACAGCGUUUCUUGGUCUGAGCAGUAAAAAUGACAUGAAAACGAAGGUAAGAAGGGGAAACAAUUUAUCUGUGGGGGCGAAACGCCAAUUUCAGAUUUAUCCUGGUAAGUCUAGACGAGGUUUGACUGCCAACAGUCUCUUUUCAGACAUGCAAGAGAGCAAGCCGUCAUGUCGAGGCUGGCAGUAGCGAACGAGCAGCGGAAGUGCCGGCCCUCUUGUCUCUUUACCCAGACGUUUCCCUCGUUACGAAUUUUGGGUGCAAAUGAAGGCAGGACUCCGCACAUGUACUCAUGCUGACGGACGCCUCAAUUCGCUCGUUUUCAGUGGUUCGCCUCGUCUCGCGUGAUCUUUAGUAGCGGGUUUUGAUCCAACCUCGUUCCCACGGUCCUCUCCCACUCGACCCUUGGAAGGAGGUUGUUUUUGAUCCUCUUUGAGAGACGCACGUCAACCGGAAGUGGACUAUUUGCACUGUUGGGCCGUUGUUUUGCCCAAUGAAUUACUGGCAAAACGUCUUCAUAAGAAAAAGACACCUGGCAAAACAAAUUUAGUUCGGCCAAGACACAUUUUAGGAAAAAGACUUGACGUACGUCACUCUAAAACGCCUCUCCUCGGUAGCCUGUAAGCAAGCUCUCCCGUGCAGCUGGGGUGUAGGGGAGGGAAGAGGGGAAGGAUUACAAGUUACCCCUCCCUUUACGCCCCGCCGCCAGAGCGCCCGGGAGAGAUUGCUCGCAGGCUACGUAUAAUACUGCGCGGCAACCCCGAGGACGAAGCCAGAGAAAGGCCCAAUCCAUAUUAUAUCCCCAUUUUAGUCUUACGAUUCGCUAUAACUUCAAAACAUGGACUGUCAAGUAUAACGUUGCAAUUUCUAUUUCUUAGGUGUACCUAUUCUGUGUCAAGGAGCCUGCCGAUGGCUGCGGUGGCGAGACUCCUAUAAUGAAAAACAAUGACCUUCAAUCACGUCUGGAUCCUGAUAUCAUAAGAAAGCUAGACGAAAAACACAUCAAGUACGAAAGAUACAUGCCUUCCACACGACACAGGAACUAUAUAUCGUGGCAAGAUGGUUUUAUGACAAAGGAUAGAAAGGUACCGGCGCUAUACGCUGUAUUGAUUGCUAAAGUUUUGCUCUUUGUUUCAAUUUUAUCUCGGCAAGGAGGGUGGUCAGAAAUUACACUACCUAAUAUUAGCUUUAAAAUAGAAGAGACUAAUUCCACUGACCAAAACACAUGUCCAAUUUUAUUAUGGCCAUCUCAGUUGGUUGGAUACAACCAUGCAAUAUAAGCUUUUUGCUUCUUUCGGGCUGUUUACAUAGAGGGAUGAAUAUCCUUGCUCCCGGAAAAUCCUAGAAGGCGGAACAACUUUCCGUUCCUUGUAGAGUUAUUGUUUUGCCUAUUAAACCUCUUGCUUUUUUGACGUUCUUGUUGUCGCCGCCGUCUACCCAGCACUCUACUAUUCCCCUACUGACAGGUAAUCACGCAAUGGUUCGUCAGGAAACAGGGCAAAUUUCAUUCACAUUUUGAGACUCGAUUUAGCUCCCAGUCGUUGUCCUUCUGUUUACUAACGUUUGGGCGCCAAAAAAUGACUAGCAGCUCGUUCCCACUGAGGAACUAGCACUUGACAAUGGGAUGUGGGGAAUGCCAGCAAGGUACAAUGCUAUUUUUGACUUUCUUUCUUACUCUUCUAGAAAGUGGAAGAUAUAGCUAAACAACAAGGCAACGAUAUCCACUGGGAUGAAAACGGGGAUCUGUAUUUAUCGCUUAUCCGACCUGCUUUCAUACCGCACCCUGUGACGGGAGAAAAAUACUGGUUUAAUCUAGUUACGGGGCACCACAAUUCGUGCGUGGAUUCAAUGCCAACAUUUAACGACACCGACAUCUUGGACGGGAAAUGGCCGUAUCACAGUUAUUACGGCGACGGAAGUGAGAUCGAACCAGAGGUGAUACAGCAUAUAAGAGCACAAUCUUNCAAGGCAACGAUAUCCACUGGGAUGAAAACGGGGAUCUGUAUUUAUCGCUUAUCCGACCUGCUUUCAUACCGCACCCUGUGACGGGAGAAAAAUACUGGUUUAAUCUAGUUACGGGGCACCACAAUUCGUGCGUGGAUUCAAUGCCAACAUUUAACGACACCGACAUCUUGGACGGGAAAUGGCCGUAUCACAGUUAUUACGGCGACGGAAGUGAGAUCGAACCAGAGGUGAUACAGCAUAUAAGAGCACAAUCUUGGGCAUGCGCCGUUGGAUUCAAGUGGAAAUGCGGUGAUUUGUUGGUGAUAGAUAACGUUGCUGCCCAGCAUGGAAGAAUUGGAUUUUCCGGUGAAAGGAAGAUGCUAGCAUAUCUAACCGCUUAAAUCAAAG